AUGCUCUGGGCCAGAAGAAGAACAAUUCCCUCCUGCCCUGUGCUGUGCGGAGAAGGGACUCAGCCCUCCCCAGCUCCAUGCAGGCCCGCACCCCGCGGGAGGAGGGGCACGUCGUGUUUCUUUUGGCGACGCCUGGGGACGCCGAGCAGGAUCGGCCCCUUGGAUAACGUGGCCAUGGAGCUCGGAUCCCACUUGCUUCAGACUUUGGAUGGCUUUGUUUUCGUGGUGGCAUCCGAUGGCAAAAUAAUGUACAUUUCAGAAACAGCAUCUGUGCACCUUGGCCUGUCCCAGGUGGAGCUGACUGGAAACAGCAUUUACGAGUAUAUCCACCCCUCAGAUCACGAUGAGAUGACUGCUGUCCUCACUGCCCACCAGCCUCUUCAUCCUCACCUCCUGCAAGAAUAUGAAAUUGAGAGAUCCUUUUUCCUGAGGAUGAAGUGUGUCCUAGCCAAGAGGAAUGCAGGGCUGACGUGCAGUGGCUACAAGGUGAUCCACUGCAGUGGCUACUUGAAGAUCCGUCAGUACAUGCUGGAUAUGUCCCUGUACGAUUCCUGUUACCAAAUCGUCGGGCUGGUGGCCGUGGGGCAAUCUUUGCCUCCCAGUGCCAUCACUGAGAUCAAGCUCCACAGUAACAUGUUUAUGUUCAGAGCCAGUUUGGACCUAAAACUGAUAUUCCUCGAUUCCAGGGUUACAGAAUUAACUGGAUAUGAACCCCAGGAUCUGAUAGAAAAAACCCUCUACCACCACGUCCACGGCUGUGACGUUUUCCACCUGCGAUACGCUCACCACCUGUUGCUGGUGAAAGGCCAAGUGACCACCAAGUACUACCGGCUGCUGUCCAAGCAGGGAGGCUGGGUGUGGGUGCAGAGUUACGCCACCAUCGUGCACAACAGCCGUUCGUCACGGCCUCACUGCAUAGUGAGUGUCAAUUAUGUCCUUACGACAGCUCAGCCCCAGAGAGAGGGGACACUCCAUCCUGACCAGGUUACCAUUUCCAAAUCACAGUUUUCAUGCAGAAACUCAGUACCUACCUCUCAGGAAACAAGGAAAAUAGUAAAACCCAAAAGUAAUAAAAUGAAAGCAAAACUCAGAGCAACACCUUACCCACCACAGCAAUACAGCUCGUUCCAAGCAGACAAACUGGAAUGCAGCCAGGUGGGGAGCUGGCGCUCCAGCCCCGCCGCCAGCGCCGCCGCCCUGCAGGAACAGAACUUCCAUUCAGAGAGCAGUGAACUCCUGUACGCCCCACCCUACAGCCUGCCCUUCUCCUACCACUAUGGACACUUCCCUGUGGAUUCCCACGUCUUCAGUGGCAAGAAGCAAAUGCUGCCUGCGAAAUUUGGGCAGGCCCAAGGGGCACCCUGCGAGGUGGCGCGGUUCUUCCUGGGCGCGCUGCAGACCAACGGCGAGUGCCAGUGGCAUUACACCAAUUCCCUGGUUCCCAGCAGCCAGUCCCCCUCCAAAAGCCUUCCUGAGCAGCCCGUGAACAUCAUCAGGCCAACCUUGCCCAGCCUGCCAGUCCCACUGUCCAACAGGAGGUACAGCCAGGACGCUCUGCCCGAGGCCUUCCCGAGCUGCACGGCGCCAGUGCCGGGCAGGUACAAGGAGGAUUUUUACGACUCCGGCAUCAUGAAACACAACAAAAGCGAGCCCAGGAUCCAGCCCCCCGCCCACCUCAUCAAAGAGGAAAACAAGCUGGCCUUUAACAGAGACCUGCCAGAAAAAAUCAGCAUCAACGAGGGCUCCUUCCCCAACUCCCUGCUGCCCAAAUCCGAGUGCUGCCAGGCCAAAGCCGUGGGACAGCUGAGCCACCUGCUGCCCGUGCCCUCGGUCUACGAGCAGAGCAGGAGGAUUUGCGUCAAAGACCCCAAAUUCGGGCACAUCGGCCACCAGCCAGGCAGCCUGGAGGAGCUGGAGGGCGGCGAGAGGAUGAAGCUCGACCACGAGGCCGAGAGCGAGCGGCUGGUGGACGUCAGGCCCUCGGGCCAAGUCCCCUUCGUGCUCCUCAACUACCACCACGUGCUGGCCAAGCAUGGCGCCUUCCCAGCCUCGCCCUGCGCGGCGGGACACGCGGGAGAGAAUUAUUCCUACAGCUCCGAGGAAGUCAACGCCUUCAUUUACAAAAACCAAAGCCCCUCCUCGGCUUCUUCUCCAGAAACCCACAAGGAAUCUGCACUACCCCAUUACAUUGGGACUUCUGUAAUUAUUGCCAACGGCAGGUGACAGUACCACAGGAGGGUUUGAAGAAUUAGAAUUAAGAAGCCAAAUGAAUGAUUUGCAAAAAAAAAAAAAACCAAAAAAAGAACCACAAAAAAAAAAGAAAGAAAAAAUAAAGCAUGAGGAAACGCGGUGACAUUUACUGAGCAAAGCUGGAGGGCAGAGAGGGACGAAGUGAUGAGUUCCACCAGUCCCAGGGCCAGGAAAAUCCCCUCUGUGCCCUGCCGUGCUUCAGCAUCCCAGAUAAAGCUCCAGUGCCAGGGAAAAGCCAAGUUCCAAAUCUUAUUUUUGUUAUUUUAUAGUGUGCAGCAAAAGGAAACGAGAGGUGUUAUAUGCAGAGGUUUAUAUGGAGAACAUUCUUCAUUCUUUUUUUUUUUUUU